AUGAGGAAGAAGCAGGCGAGACCCGCAAAACGGCUUGCCGGCGGAGUGUUUUCUGAGGAAGAUGGCUCAACGGGGGAUUUUAAAGAGCUACUCUCUCCGGCAUGGCGUUCUCCGUCAUUCUCUCCUCCUCCUUAUAGCAGAGCCAUGUCGGCAAUGGAAGAACCGGAUAAAUCGACGGGAAAUCUUUUUUGCGCAUCUUCCAUCCAAAAUGCGGGAGUUGCCUUCCAUGAUAAUGCUCCUCCCUUGAAACUUCCUAAGCAUGAGCCGGAUGAUUUUGGGAAAUGUGUUGGGGAAUGCGCGCGAUUUCUCAGAUCGCAGUUCGCUCAUCGUGGAUCCGUCAAUGGACAGAGUCCCCGUAUUCCCGCAGCCUGCCCAGUCCCAAUUAUUUCUGAUGCCAAUGACCACCAUGAGUCCUUCCUUUCCGCAUUCACUGCAAAUGGAAAUUCCACGCAGAGCAAUUUAUUUGAUAUUCCCUGUGCAAGUACUUCUAGAGCCGACGGGUCUACUGAGUCAACGGAUUCGGAAUCUCCACUGAAACGUUUGGAACGAUGUGUUCGGGUUAAUAGUGAGGCGAGAUGUUCAACUUUUGGGCUUUACAGAAGCAGUAAACCCUCUGCGUCUACAAGAUAUGCUUUCACACAAUCGUGCACUAAUGCUAAUUCAAUGAAAUUGCCCUUUGGAUACGAUUCAACGAAGACAUCAGCAUCAGAUGCUUUAGAUGAAUUGUCGCAAUUGGUACAUCGAAUUGGCACGGCAAAAUUGCCGGUGCCAGCAGCGCCCAGCAAAUGUGUUCCUAACAGCAUCACUGGUAAUAUUUUCACAUGUCUAAAAUGUGCUCAGCGAUUUGAUACACUUGAUGAAUUAGUGCUACAUAUCAGUACAACAAAACAUUUCACACGCGGAUCAACCAAAAAUAUUGAAGCCGUAGCGCCAUGGGAAAGGGAUCGAGCAGCAGCAAAUUUCGAGAAACAAAUGGCUUCAUCAAAUUUUCUAGCAUCUUUAUUUUAUCCACAAAAAUGUUUUAAAGUACCACAAAAUCUAUCACAAAAAAGCAUCGACAAUAAUUUUUGA